AUGAGCCGUCACGCGAGCGCGGGCGAUCUCUGGAGCGCUCGCCGCGAAGGCCGGCAUUUCGCGCAGAUAGAGUCCCCGUCGCAGGGGACCGACGGGCGGAAGGGAGGCCUAGCGUGGCAGCGGGUGGAGAAGGAUACGCCGCAAGCACGGACGGAGACGUUGUUCCGCUCGCCGGAAGAGCGCGGGCGCCGCCGUGAUGAGAGGGGCCGUCGGCAGGGCGUCGAGCGAUUCGACGCCGACCAAGGAGGGGAGGCCGCAGAAAAGAAAGAAGCGUGGGAGACGUCCGGCGAGGAAGAGGCAGAGGAGGACGCAGCGAACCUGGAACUGGCGGUCGAAGACGCCAACGGAGAAGAUGACGGCGAGGAACCCGCGGCUGGGAUCGGAAGCGCCGAGCCUGAAGAGGCGGACGUUGCCGGGGGCGCAAGCCAGGCAGGGGCGGAAGGAUCGCGGUCGGGACGGUCGGAAUCACGCGGCCGCGACGCAAGCCGCCAGGAGGAGCAUUACGCGGAGAGGUCGCGUCAGCAGGAGCGGCGGGACUGGGGCGUGCAUGCCGGCGCUGUGGGGACGCAAGGAGAACGCGGCAAAAGGGAGGAAGAGGGACCGCGCGCGUCAGGGGAAGGAUCGCGGCGCUGGGAGCGGCCUUCUGUUAACCCUCGCGCACUCGACUGGCGCCAGGCACAAGGGGGCUGGGGCGAAGACGGCGCACGAUCGCCGGACAGGCAGCUGAUGCACAAGGGAGGAUGGGAGGGCGAGCCACGCGCAGUUAGCCACCACUGGCGGCGGGAAGAAGGACGCGAGGAGGGGCCCAGCUCAUCAGAGAGGCGCGGCCAGCGGCAAGAGGGGCGCGGCGGGGAGGCACGGACGUCUGGCCUGCAAGCGCAAUGGGAGAGGAGGGUGAGCGGCGGAUUCCGCUCGCCUCUCGUCCGGCAGCAGCGGGGAAGAGAAGGCGGCGGAGACAGGCGCUCGCCCGGAGAUCGUCGGCAGCAAGGGGAGAAGCAUGGGAACCGUCGCCAGAGAGGCAGCGGCAGCGAGAGACGAGCACGGCGAGGUGGAGAGAGACACGAGUCUCGCCGGCACGAACGCGAGGGCGUGCGGGGGAGGAGAGGGGCCCGAGAGAAAGGCACGGUGACUCGGGCUGGAACCGGCGGGAGAGCAGAGCUGGAGGGGGGAGCUUAG